GAGAAGAAAAAAAAAAGAGUGUAAUACACAUACAAUACAACAUAACCUAAAAUCUAAUAAGCAUUAUUUAAAUAAAUUAAAGUUACAUAAACUAUUAUAGCGUAAGGUUAGGAGAAUCAAAGACUUGGCUAUGCUUUCUUCGAAAUUGCAUGGAGUUUUAAGGAACUUAACAUCAACAGUUAAAAUACAGAACAACCGUCCUACUGAGCAAUGCUAUUUCGAACAUGUAUUUUCGUUUCCUUUAGUGAAAUACAUUGCUCUAGUAAACAGACUGAAGAUAUACCACCUAUAUGGUACGGGAAUUGUAGUCCCUAGUUCUGGGAUACUGGAACUAUUAAAUAUUGUAUCUGACAAUACUUUUUUAAUUUCUUCUUAUAUAGGUGUAACAGGGGCAGUGGUACUUGCUUUAGGUACACUUCCAUUUAGAAAUAUAAUUGGUCAUCUGUAUAUUAGUGAGGACAAUGAAAAAAUUAAGAUAUCCGCAGUAGGAUAUUCAGGAAAGAGAAUAGAUCGAAUAGUCAGUGUGAAUGAUUGGAUACCAUUGUUAGAAAUGAAACCUAAAAAGACAGAUUUGUUAUUUCUUUCUCCUCAGCUGAGGGAUGGUACAAAAUAUAAAUUAUUUGUUAAGUUUGGUCAUGUUAAAAAUCCAAUAAAAAUGGGACAAGUUUUGGAAUAAAUAACAUAUUAGACAUUAGUAGAUAUUUAUGAGAGUAGGAAAAAUAGAGAAGUUUAGUAAGUAAAUAAAACUAAAAUAUUUUUACCGCAUUCUAUUUCUUAAUUAUUAUUAAACAGUAUCAUAGUGAGCCAAAUUAGUUGAUAAUUGCAAUGUCCUCGAUCACAAGAAGAUGUCUAUUUAGUGAACAAUCUUAAAUGUUGUCUGCCUUACAAAAGUGAAUGCUAUAUAUUUCAUUACUUAUGUAUAGUUAUUAUCUGUCUGUAUAUACAAUUUAUUACAAAAUUAUAUCUAUACAUACAAU